ACUCCUUUUCCUUUUAAACAUCGGAAAAGUAUCUUACCGAUCUAUAAUUAAAUUGUCAACAUAAAAAUCUAUAAUAGUAAUAUAAAAUUAAGAAUUAAUAUUCUAUUUUCAAGUGCCGUAAGCUAUUGGUAUCAUCAUCUCCACACUCUGCGCACCUAAUAUUCUGUUUUUGAUCCAAUUCUUGAAUUUUGAUCAUUCAAGACCUGGUCUCGAGCUUUACAAGGAACACUUAAAAAAGGGGCAAAAAAGAAAAAUUUCGUGAGCCUUAAUCAGAAGUAGUUGCUAUGGAAAAAGAUGAUGUCUAUACACAAGAUGGGACAUUGGAUAUCCACAAAAGACCGGCGAAUAAGCUUAAAACCGGGAAUUGGAAAGCCUGCCGAUUUAUUCUUGUUACCGAGUGCUGCGAGAGGCUUGCUUACUAUGGCAUGGGCACGAAUUUGGUGAAUUAUCUCAUAACACGUCUCGGCCAAGGGAAUGCAACUGCCUCGACAAAUGUCACUAAUUGGUCGGGAACUUGCUAUAUAACGCCUUUGUUCGGUGCUUUUCUUGCUGAUUCCAUUCGUUUANACCAAGGCCUCGACUGCCACCCGGCGCCCCUACAAACCGGCAUCACAUUCACAGCUCUAUACCUAAUCGCGCUCGGGACAGGUGGCAUCAAGCCGUGCGUUUCCUCCUUUGGCGCCGACCAGUUUGACGAGCAAGACACGAAGGAAAAGAAGCGAAAAAGCUCGUUUUUCAACUAUUUCUACUUCUCGAUUAACGUUGGGGCCCUCGUGGCCUCGUCCGUGCUUGUUUGGGUUCAGAUGAAUGUCGGUUGGGGUUGGGGAUUCGGGAUUCCGGCAGCUGCCAUGGCCGUGGCUGUGGCCUUCUUUGUGUUCGGGAGUGGAAUGUAUCGACUGCAAAGGCCCGGCGGCAGCCCGAUCACGAGGAUUUUUCAAGUCUUGGUUGCUUCGUUUAGGAAGUUUAACGUGAAGGUACCGAAAGACGGGUCGCUUUUGUACGAGACGAGCGAUGCCGCGUCGAGUAUUCAAGGUAGCCGCAAGCUCGAGCACACGGAGAAGUUCAGUUUCCUCGACAAGGCCGCGGUGGAUACGGGCCCCGACAUCCUCAAAUCGGGCCACGACAACCCGUGGCGCCUCUGCACGGUAACCCAAGUCGAGGAGCUAAAGUCAGUUAUCCGCCUCCUCCCCGUUUGGGCGACGGGCAUCGUUUUCUCGGCCGUCUACAGCCAGAUGAGCACCAUGUUCGUUUUACAAGGAAACACGAUGGACCAACACAUGGACUCGAAAUUCAAGAUCCCGGCAGCUUCCCUCUCCCUCUUCGACACGCUAAGCGUCAUCAUUUGGGUCCUCAUUUACGACCGCCUCCUCGUCCGCCUCGCCCGAAAAUACACGGGCCACGAACGAGGCUUUACUCAACUCCAAAGGAUGGGAAUCGGGCUCGUCAUCUCCAUUCUAGCCAUGAUUGUGGCGGGCUCGUUGGAAGUCGUUCGUCUCGACUACGUGAGGCGACACGAUUUGUACGACGUAGAGACGGUGCCUAUAUCUAUAUUUUGGCAAGUUCCACAGUAUUUUAUCGUCGGUUGCGCCGAGGUUUUCAUGUUUAUCGGUCAAAUGGAGUUUUUUUACGAUCAAGCGCCGGACGCUAUGCGGAGCAUGUGCUCGGCUUUGUGUCUAACGACGACGGCUUUGGGGAAUUAUUUGAGCACGUUGCUUGUGACGGUCGUGACUCGGGUGACGACAAGUGGUGGGAGGCUAGGGUGGAUCCCGGACAAUCUGAAUAGGGGACACUUGGACUAUUUCUAUUGGCUGUUGGCCGGGCUUAGCCUCGUCAACUUUUUUGUGUAUUUGUUGAUCUCCAAGUGGUACGUUUACAAGAAGGUGGCCGUGUAGGCUCGGUGAUUGGGCCCGAAAGAUGCGGGCUUGGACUAUUCAUGGGCUGGGCUUUUAUGUUUUUUUUUUCCUUUUCUUUUUCUUUAUCUGGAUUGGUUUUUUUCCACUUUGAGGAGUUUUCUGGGUUUCUUUUGCAAGGAAUAAUGCUAUCCAUUUCACUGUUAUUUGGUGCAGUUUCUGUCUGUUUUUGCUUUUGUUAAUUUGAAUUGUUUACUUUUGUUUUGGACUUAUUAGUGAAGCCCAAUGGGCCCAAGCAUACACUAAGUGCAUGGGCUAUGACCUUUUUUGAGUAAAGGUGGUGGCCUACUCAGAAAGAGGAAAAGGGCAAAAAGAUGUGUGAAACUGUGAAUGAUGAUGAUUGCUUAAUUUUUAUUUUUAUGAUGUUUAAUUAAUAAUGGCAGUGACAGGAACUUGACCUGGCUUUGGAUUUUGA